UGCGAUUUGACAGCUAUUUGUUGUGGCCGUGGAGGACGUUGUUUGUGUGGUUUCCGAGUUUUGUGUUUCGAUCAAUUAAGUCACAAAGAAAUAUCAACUCAACCUUAAAGCAAUUUCAUUUUCCUGGUCCCUACAGUGAAAAACUACUCGAUUUCCUCAAGUAAUAUUCCAAAUUCCCCCUCAACCCUAGUGAACAAAUAAAAAAUCCAAAUCAAACGCAUCGAAAUGAAUUACGGCCGCAAAACACCCUCAACAUAUCGUUCAAAUCCUUCUGUUUACUCCCAUGGAAGAUCCUCAACAAAUCUACACUCGGUGAAGUCGCGAUCGGUACGGUCUGUUCGCAUUCCUUGGUACCAGAAGCCAAUCAUGAAAAACAAUGAAUACAUCGACAUUCAAAAAGGAGCUCUCCUGACGGGAUUUUUCUCACUGUUUGUCGCUCUGUUUACAAUAGCAACGUCUAUUUUCGAUGUUUAUUGCCUUGCCAUGGCGGCACCGGGUUCCACGCACUAUGGUUACUACAUCAUUUCUUACGAAUUCGUGUACGUGGGGAACGUCCACGUUCGCAAUGCUCUAAUUAUCUUCGCCUUGUUCUCGUUGAUUGGCGGCCUCGCUAUCCUUUUCACCAGCAUUCUGCUCAUCGUGGCGCUACGCAAGGUCAAGACUAACCAAGAAGGACCGUACAGAACUCAUAAGGAGUACGAGCGUAAAAUUCAACCAUGGCUCUGGUCAUUUGCGGUCUUCACACUUUUCCGGGCAAUGGCUUUUCUAUUCUUUGCCGUGGUCAAUGAUUUAAUAUUCGUUUAUAAUAUUCUAAUGGUAUUAUGCUGGAUUGCGAUAAUUGCUGCGUCAGUUUAUGGAUGGCUCAUUGUUUAUUCACUGUACCUGGAAUUGGCCGAUCUGACUAAACUUGAAGAUUUGGCACAUUUAAGGAUGGGAACCAUGGCAUCACUGAACGCAUCAACAACACAUUCACUUGCUGGUUCACGACCAACAACGCCGCAUAGUACGGUAUCAACAAUGCCAGUAAGCUAAAUGCUAGGUUUCUACUAGCUCCUGCCUACUUGGAACCAAAAGAAAACCCGAAAAAUGAUAACCAUUCCGUCCAUUUUCUUCUUCUCUCAAAUAGAAGUUUAUUAUAAGUUAUUUUUGAACCAAUUUGCCUUUGAUUUGUAAACAUCUUUUGUAUAUUUGUUAGUAAAUAAAAGGAAAAUAAAGAAAAGAAACCAUUGAAA